AUGUCUACAUGUUACUGUUUCAAGGGAGCAGCUGGUGAUCCCGCCUAUGAGCCGAAGGGUUCUUUCUCAACUCUUGCUGGAUUGCCUAUAUACAGAUCAACGCCUCAGAAUAGGGAUACAAACUCCCGUCGCGAUACCAUCCUUUACCUACCUGAUGGAUUUGGUCUGGCCAAACAUAACCAGAGACUUGCUGAUAAAUACGCCCAAUACGGUUAUGAGACGGUGAUUGUGGAUUACUUUGAAGGUGACGCGUUGCCCGAUACCUUCAUGCUGUAUACGCCAGGGACGGACCUCGACGCAUACGGUAAUCUGACAUUAGAACAAAAGGAAACUAUUCGCAAGAUUGAUAUGCCAAGUUGGCUAAAGCGGCACACUCCAGAACACAUAUCCUCGCUUGUAGCCAAAUUCUUUCCUGAGUUUUGCAGCACCGUGGCAAAAGAGAACCGGGGAUCUGAAGCAAGAAUCCAUAUACUUGGUCACUGCUUUGGUGGCAAGCAUGCUUUCAAGCUGGCGCAGAUCGACCACGAGAACGUCGGAUCUAUACUUAUUUUUCAUCCGUCGUUCCUCGAACCUUCGGACCUCAAGGGCCUUAAGAAGCCGGUCCUUGUAGGCUGUGCAGAAACAGACGUAUUUACACCAGACCUCAUCCAGACGAUGUUGAACCACCUCCCAGGAUGCGGGGCGAUGUGGAAGUUCCUCGUUUACGGAGGGACGCAGCACGGGUUCGCGACCAGACCGGACUUGGGGAAUGAAUUGACGGCCAAAAUGUUCCAACAGGCAUUUGAUGACGGGUUGCAGUGGCUCAAGACUAAUUGA